GCAGCACCCACCAUACAGCACCAUGAACUCCCGGUUUUCUGAAAAACCGAGGCCUGGAGACAUUAUUGAGAUUAGUAACAGUGACUGCAAGGACUGGGCCAUCUACGUGGGAGACGGUCAUGUGAUCCAUCUGACGCCUCCAAGGCUGUUUUCCAGGAUCGGUUCCUCCAAUAUCUUCGCAUUUCAGACUGGCAAAGCACGGGUGACGGAAGAGCCCCUGGAGAGCGCAGCUUGGUUUGGCAUGUAUCGGGUCAACAACCACUUGGACAAUAAGUGCAGACCCCGGCCUGUGGAUGACAUCAUCAGUUCUGCCAGGGAGAUGAUUCACAGCCUGAAGACACCUUUAUUUCUUUUAAAUACCAGCAAAAGUUUUGUCACUUAUCUCAGAUAUGGCUGGCCCUGCCGUGAGUUUUCACGUGAAGACCCGAUGCCUGGAGACCUGAUUGAAAUACAUCGAACCAAUUGGAUGCGCUCUUAUGAACACUGGGCCAUCUACGUGGGAGACAGUUAUGUGGUCCACUUGGGCAGCCCAGAUCAGUACUCCUGGCCUCACUCUUCCAACAACAGUGGGCAUGAAGUAAAAGCUGUGGUGAAAUAUGAACCUCUGAAGGAUGUGGCUAACAACGACAGUUACAAGGUCAACAACUACUUGGACAGGAGAUUUAGGCCAUGUCCUGUGGAUGACAUUGUCAAGCUGGCAAUGCAGAAAAUUGGUGAAAUCAGGAGCUACAAUGUUUUCAAGUCCAAUUGUGAACAUUUUGUCACCGAACUGAGAAAUGGCCACAGCCACAGCGAACAGGCUGAAAAUAUAGAUACCUUAUCUAUGAUAACACUUUCACUGGCCUUGUCUAUGUCACGCGCACCAAGUGCAUCAGCAUAACAACUGCUUGAAAAGCCACUAAAUAUUCUCAAGUCAGAGGCUGCUUCUCGGACCAGCUGCUCCUCUCUGUGCCUGAUUCUCUCUCACUGGUGGAUGGAAGGACCAAUUAUAACACGGCUGCAGCUUCUGGGAGAAUGAGAUGAAUGAAUCCAGUGUCCUCCUUCAUCAAAUAUUUCAGCUACUUUCUUGUAGACUAAGACUCUCUGGAAAAGAGGUACCUACAACUCAGUGCUUCUGGCGCACUUCUAGAGGCAUAAAUCUUGAAAAGGCUCUUGAAAUCUGAGCCUCAGUUCCUACUCCUGCGAUAUGGGGUAAUCACGAUGGCUUCGCUGUGUGUGGUUGGGGUGGUGGGAAGUGCCUGAGCACAAGCCCUGACCAAAGCUGAUGCUCAAUAAAUUCG